UUUCCUAAUUUAGUAAUUUGUACCAAAAAAAAUCUAUAAAUACCCCUUCUAAACUACAAACCUAAACAUCCAAAAAUCUUAGCUUUCUCUUGUUAUUCAUUCAUAAAAAUAACCUUAAAAUUCCUCUUCUUUUCUCUCCUUUAAUUUGUAGCAAAAUGGCCAAUAUUAAGGCUAUGUCAUUGCUUUUGGCUUUCCUCGUUGUUGCUAUGCUUGUCUCUGAGGCUUUUGCUGGGACCAACUACUAUGGGAAUAACAGUUUGAAGCUUUCUCAAUGCCCGGGACGUUGUAAGCAAAGGUGCUCAAAGGCUAGAAAAACCGAAGAAUGCAAGUUCUUUUGCAACAAGUGCUGCGCAAAAUGCCUUUGCGUUCCACCAGGUACAUUUGCCAACAAAGAAGUCUGCCCUUGCUACAACAACUGGAAGACUAAGUUAGGUGGCCCCAAGUGCCCUUAAUUAAUAUGAAAUUCUAAAAUUACUAGCUAUAUACGUACUUAAUUACUAUAUUAUGCUUAUUUUUAUGAGCUAGUACUAAUUAAGUAUUAGUUAGUACUAGAAUAUGUAAACUUUUAUAUUGUGAUUUCGAAUUAUUACUACGAAUCACUACUUCCUUAUUAGCUAAUCAUCCCAUCGCUUCAUUAAGGGGUAUAUUUGUU